AUGGUGCCAGACGUUGCGCGGUCGCCCGAGCCAGUGCAGCGGGCGCCACGCUCGCCAUUCAGCAAGUUCGGCGGGCGAAAGCACCACUCGUCUCGCUCCGUCUCCGACCCAUUUGGCGGUCCUCCCCCUCCUUCCGCCGCCUUACAGGGCCGAAGCUCCUUCACGUCCUCUCCCGAGCUCCAACAAACGCCUCCACGACACGCGAAGAAGAGCUCGACCCUCCCCUCCAUCCGGUCGCUCAAAACUCGCUUCCAGUCUCUAGGCUUUGGCAGUUUCGGCGGCGGAAGCGGCAGCAAGGGUCCAAAGAUCCUGCGUGGCGAGGAUGCGAAAGCGGCGGGGAUCUCGGCGCCGCAGAGCGUGGUUGCGCGGACGGGCGGCGGACUGAAGGGCUUCUGCGGGCCAGCGGGAUCUGGAAUCGGGAGAAGCGUCUCGCAUCCUGCCAAGUUGCAGGAUGCUGGCAGGUCGUCCAAGGCGGAGGUUCCGACGCUCCCGCAACUGCGGUUCAGCGGCGAUGAGGGCGAGUAUGGCGGCAUGCAUUUCGACAGCGGGACGAAGCGCAGCGUCGACGAGGUCCUGUCGGCAGGCCUUGCGUCGCCGACUUCGCCUCGCUCCGUCCUCUCGCCGCACCAGCUCUCGCCUAUCGCAGGAAGCGAUGCGUCGCCCUCUAUGCGUCUGCCAGCUCGAGAAGUGGCGAGUCCUCGCUCCGCCGGACGACCCAUCUUCAUCGCACCGAAGCGACGAAGUCCUACAUCUCCCCUGCCGCCAGACUCAACUUCUCUCACCGUCCCGCUUCCGCACGACUCGCCCUCUCCUCGGACCUCCGUCUACUCGCCCGCCGAGUCGACCGUCAUUCCCGCUCCCUUUUCUGCUCCCCUCGACUCGACAGCGGGCGUCUUUCCCGGUCCUCCGCCCAUUCCCUCUCGUCGCCUGCUCGGCCGCAUCUCGCAAGACUUCGCUCGCCCACCCAGCGAAACGCCCCUCUCCAUCCUUCGCGCCCAGCAAGCCGCCGAUCAGGAUACGAAGACCCGCUCAGCUUCGCGUCAGAGUAACCGCAACUCGCGCAUUUUGCCAGGCGCGACGCUUCCGAGCGACUGGGAGAGUCAGACCUUGACGAGGAGCAAGAGUGCGGGCGCAACGUCCUCGGAGUGCAGGAGCAGGUACUGGUCCGACCAGCUCGCUCCGCCAGUCCCCGCCUUCUCUUCGCCUAGCUCGGAUGGCGCGACGGCAGGAACAUUGCGACGACGACACUCGGUCAGCCCGGUCGUUACGCCUAAGCUGGGCGGGCCCGAGGCGGAGCAGGUCGAGGCGCCAAGCAGCCCGCCGGUCGAUCCUGCGAAGAAGGAGGAGCAUCGGGGGCGGUCGCUGAGCGCUCUGCUUGGACAGGCAAGAGCCAGCUUUGGGCUGCGAGGGUCGGUGUCGUCGGUGGAGGGUGCGGCAGGACAGCGGCGUCCAUCGAAGCCGUUCCCGCCGCAAUUUGAAGAAGUGCCCAUCACGCAUGCCAGGACGUCCGCCCAACCUCGAAGCAGCUACCCCAUUUCGCCCUCCUCGCCGAACACCCCUCCUCUCGGCUUCGACAGCUUCCCUUCCGUCGACUCAGCCGCGCCGCUCAGUCAGGAUCGACCAGAGUCGUUCAGCUUCGCCGAAUACACCCUCUCGCCUGUUCCGCCACUCCAUCCUCGUCCUAGCGAUGCCUCAAUGCGAUCCGGCUUAUCGUAUGCGACGGCCGGUCCCGCCGAACACUCUGCCGCUCCUCCGCCUCGACGACCCUCAACUACCGGCUUCGCAGAUCUUCGUCCACCGUCGCUCCACGACCCCUUCGCCGGCCUGCGGAAGAGCAAGUCUGUCGGCUCGCUCGUCUCGCCGCAGCCUCGCGUCUCGUCAUUGCAGGCGACGGCGGCACCUAUCGGCGAAGGCUCGCCUAGCGUGUACGAUGAAUUUGGGCAGAGCGAUGAACGACCUGUCGGAAGUCCGCUGGGCGACCUCAUCGAGGAGCUGCGAGCGCGGCAGGCAGAGAUGGAGACGGAAGGGGUGGCCUCGCCGCCAAGUCGUCCGCAACAGCAGCUGGCACAUGAGGAGGACGAAGACGACGACGAGGAUGAGCGAGACGUGGACUCACCUGUGGUCGGCCGACACGACUCGCACGACCGCUCGCUGCGCGAGUUCUCCUUCAGCAGUUCGCCGGGCGGCGAGCAUCCCUUCUCCUUGCACAGCUACCUCGACGGUAACGCCAUCUCCCCGGCGCCGUCGCCUCUCGCUCCUUCGCCUCUCGCCGGUCGCAAGUCCUCGGGCGACCCUUUCCUCCAAUCUCGACCUUCGUUCCCGCCCCCGCCUGUACCUCUCCCGCUCACCGCCUCGGUCAAAGACUUCGAUCCAACGGCUUACACUAGCAACCGCUCGUCCUUGCCUACCUUCGCCCUUUCGAGCCCGCCGCCGCCCAGAUUCGGCGACUCGGAAGACCCUCUCACCUUCGAGCAGAUGGAGAGCGAGAUCGCCCGCAUGGAGGCCGAGCUCGUCGCAUCCGGCCGCUCUUCGCUCGUUGCCAGCCCAUCGUCACGAGGCGGCUUCGACACGCCCAUUAAGAGCUCGUCAGUUCCCGCUCAAGCAGAUCCGCCGUCGCCCUCUCCAGGCUCGCUUGGUGCGCCCAGUCCCGCCGCGGCUCUCUCUCCCAGCGCGACCUCCGAGGAUACUGUCACGCCACGAACGGCGCGCAAAUGGAGCAUUUUCGAGAUGGAGAAGGCGUACGAACGGAUGAAGCGGCUGCUCAGCUUGUCCUCCGCUUCCGGUCCGACGCCGGCGUACGCGCCAAGCGAGGCUGGCAGCACGCUCGAGGACGGCGCAAGCUUCUCCGGCGUCGACAUGGACACGGCGCUCAACAACGCGCUUGAGCAGGCGCGAGGACUCGUUGGCGAAGAGGAGGACGAGGACGCGCAAGAGGUUCUCGCAGGCGUGGGAGAAGAUCCGACAGUCGAGGUUGCUUCCUCCUCACCGACGCUUGUCGCUCCUUCGCCUCGUCGCGCCUCUGCCGAAUCGACAGCUUCGACUAUCGCCGACAAGCCUCUACCCGGACUUCCGCCUCCGACCCCAUCGCCGACAUCUGACUCGGCGCGCAACGCGGACACGAAGCGCUCGACAGUCGACUCGGAUGUACACCUCGACCCGACGAACAGCAAUGCUGAAACAGACAAGCCGCAAGUCCAUCAGCCGCAGAUUAGCGACGAGGACUUGCCGACGGCUUCAUCGACUGUCGCUCAGGUCGAGGAGAACGAGUCGAAGGACGUGGACAGUCCAGCUGUCAAAGCCCUGGAGGCGACUACUCCGGACGGCGAAGCGGCGGCGGAGGGUGAGAUGGCUAUUGUCUCGGAGUAUGAGACAGACGAUGAGGAGAAGCCGGAGGCGCAGAAUGUUGAGCAGGACGAGGUGGAACAGAAGCUGCCUGCAUCUCAGGACGAGCAGGUCGCAGCGCUGUCGACUUCGACCGCGUCAGCCGACCCGCCAUUACCGCCGGCUACGCCUUCGUCAGUUGCACACCCAAUCUCUCCCUCGUUCGUGCCGACCUCACCUUCGUUGGCGCGCCGACGGACGGACAGCGAUGCGAGCAGUACGACCGGCAUGCGCCCGCUCGUCCUCCCCAUCACGACUCGCUUGCGACACCGAGGCACCCGCGACAGCAUCAUAUCGCUUACGAGCAUCAACGACGCCGCAAGCGAGACCGGCAGCAUCGACGAGCCAGUCUUGACCGAGAACGGCCUCGCCGGCUUUGCGACUCCGCCCACAUCACCGCGCAACUCGCAAUUCGCGCAGCCCAGCCCUCGCGCGACCCGGUACCUCCUCCACGGACUCAGAAGCGGUGCUGGACGCGACUUGCGGCGACAGAUCUCGGAUGCCGGCGGGGAAGGCUCAGGCGAACAGCAAUCCGCCCGCUCUAUUUCAAUCGCUCAACUGCCCGGUAACGCCGGCGAUUCUGUGCUCGAGCAGCCAACUCGUCGAUCUCUACCUCGCUCAUCCACCGGCGACGCUUCGUCCUGGUAUCCCGUUACUCCCGAACGAGGCGCAGCUCGCUUCUACCGCUCCGAGAUGCGGCGGCGUUCGCGCACGGGUGACGAGCUCGUCACUGAAGACGAUGAGCGCAGCGUUGCGGCAGACGACAUCACGAGCAUCCGCAAUAUGGACAAGCUCGAAGUCUUCUUCAAGUAUACGGCUGUCAAGGCUGAGCUCGACAAAGCCGAGCUGGAGCGGGAUGCUCUCCUAGAUGCGCUUCGCGAGACUCGUUCGACCCUCUCAGACGUCCGGUCCCAGCGAGACAAUCUCGAUGCGGAAUUGAAGCGGGAGCGCCAGCUCACGGCGCUCGUCAAGCAGCACCUCGGCGGACAUCCAGAGCGCAUGCAGGAGAAGCUUGCGGAUCUGGUCCUGGCUCGCCAGGAAUGGGAGAUGCGGACGAGGUCGGCGGAAGAAGAGCUCGACGUAUUGCGGCGCGAACUCGCCGAAGCGCGUGAGCGGGGAGAGCUGCUCGAGCGGGAGAACGUGAUGAUGGGGGCACGCCUCGCCUCUGCCGAGAUGGCUCGGGACGGUUUGGCGGGCUCGAGCGCAUCGAUACGGACAAGUGGCAGUAUGACUGCUGGACAACUGCCACCGAUGGGUCACUCCCGCCAUCCGUCUCGCAGCUCGACGCAGCACAGCAAAUCUCCUCAACUCGGCCGCGCCAUUCCCGUCGCCGCUUCUUCCCCUUCUGUCCACUCUCAGCACUCGAGCUCCGACGCCAGUCAUCGACGCCGCGAAUCCUCCCUCCUCGCCUCGCCAACCCUCACGAUGAGCCGCACGACUUCCGUCAACACAGCCCGCCCAUACGAGCAUUCGCCCUCGCUGCAGUUCGACGCAUCUCGUCGUACACUCAAGGAGUCGUUCGGCUCGUCGGCGAGCGAGAUGGAACCCGCCGCUCUCGGACUUGGCGACAUCGGCUCGCCCUUGAUGAACCAGACUUUGCAGUCCUUCGGCGGACCCAAGUCCAGCUACGGGUCGGACGCCAGCCCACUGAAGAACCGCUCACCACCCUCGCAUCACUACGACCCGAGCGUCCCGCCGUCUCUACCAUUCGCCACCCUCGACCUUCGCGGGUCGAAGAUGUCGAGCGACUCGACUCAGACGGACGAGUACAGCGAGUACGCGGAUCAGUCGUUCGAUUCGUCGACGGGCGUCGAAGGACUGGCGAGGCUGAAGAGGGCGGACGCGGCGUUCUUAUCGGACUUGACGAGCGAGAUCGAGCUGUCGCCGGAGGAUGCGAGGGGUCGCAAGGCCGGCGAGUAA